AUGGUCAAAACUCGAAUUCUUGGCAAUUGGUGUUGGCAGGCUUUGGGAGUUUUGAGUCCUCGAUCUCAUCUGCGGCCGAAGCUGGGCGCAAUAUCAAUCACUUGUUAUUUAGAACAUUUCAAGCUCGACUGGGCCAUUAGGAAGUACGUUCACCAGCAUCGAGCAUCGGCAACACACGCAGCUCGGCCAAGGCUAGCAACCCCGCGACCCUACUCUCGCCCGAGAAAGCGACGAAUCUCAGUCACAGCCCAUCACUCUGGCAGUCUCACUCCGGCAUGUGCCGCUGAACGAACAAAGAAAGAAAUAAAUGGCACCACGAGAAUAUAUAGCUCAAACAAACAGAUGGAAACCUAA